GGGACUGAAGCCCAGGGCUGUGUGUCUUGUCUAAUUCCACUUGUCUCGCUCUCCCUGGAAAUUUUCGACUGCACCCAGAGCUUUCUCCUUAUGGACCUGGCUCUCUCUAACCACAGGACUGACUUGCGAUCCCAAGAAAGAAAAAGCCCCACCUGCAAAGAGGAGGGUAGGCUGGAAGAAUUCGUCCAGGGAAAAGAAAGGAGGCACAGCGGAAGGAAGCAGCUGGAAUAAGGCGAAGUGGCUGGCCAGGGCUGCAGCAGGCGCCAGUUGCCGCCACCUUAGGAGUUGAGGAAGUGGCUGAGGCUGCACUCCAGUCGCCACGGCAGCGCUCACGGGGCAGGUGGCAACGCUGAGCGCGAUGGGGCUCCCCCCUCCGCGGUCACCCACUGACAGCGAGCUCAGAGCCACAGAAGCUACUGGAGCAGAGUUGGCGAAGUGGAGGUGACCAGCCAGUGGGACCGGACAAAGGCGUGGACGCCCAGCAGUGGCGUGUCCUGGAGAGUUUGCUCGCCCACGACGUUGCCCGUGCCUGCUGCAGUGGGCACAAAAGACCGAACUGACCUACGGGGAUUCCAGGGACAAGGAGCCUCCCGGAGAGGAGGAGCCCAGGCUUGUGCAGCACCUCUCCUCGGCCCUCCAGGGGCCAAAGCAAAAGCGAAAGCGAAUGCAUCUGGCCAGGCGGCCGGUCCUGGAGUUGCGCUCUCCACCUCGCUUGGGCCUGGGCAUCGUACGCGCCGCUGGCCCUUGUCGUCCCGGAGGGGCACUGUCUAGCCUGCUGCCAUGGCCCGGAGACGGCUCCGCUCCUUCUCGGCCCACGCCUUCCUUGCGCUGCUGCUCCCGCCAGCGGUGACACUGGGUGUCACAUGCCCCACGCCCACAUCUGUUGAACAUGCAGCCAUCCGGGUCAAGAGUUACAACUUGAGCUCCAGGGAGCGGUAUGUUUGUAACUCAGGUUUCAAGCGUAAAGCCGGGACAUCCAGCCUGACGGAGUGUGUGUUUAACAAAACCACAAACAUUGCCUACUGGACAACUCCCAAUCUCAAGUGCAUCAGAGACCCCUCCCUGACUCACCAAAGGCCAGUGCCACCCUCCACUGUAGUGACGGCAAGGGUGACCCCACAGCCAGAGAGCCCCUCCCCUUCUGGAAAAGGCCCAGCCACAUUCUCUCCAGAGUCAGACACCACAGUGGCCACAGGGACAGCUAUUAUACCAGGCUCCCAGCUGAUGCCAUCCACGUCACCUUCCACAGGAACCACAGGGAUAGGCAGUCAUGAGUCCUCCCAAGCCCCAUCUCAGACAACAACAAAGACCUUGGAACCCACGCCCUCCACCUCCCACGAGACAACAGAUGCUCAUCCGUACAGUUCCAGAGACGUCACUGUGGCCAUCUCCACAUCUGUCUCGCUGCUGGGUGUAGUGUGUGUGGGGUUCCUCCUGGCAUAUUGCCUCCGACCAAGGCAAACUUCCCAGCCACCUGGUGUUGAAAUGGAAACCACAGAAGCAAUGCCAAUGACUGGGUGCACCAGUAGCAGAGAGGAAGACACAGAAAACUACCCACCUGACCUCUGAAACUCGUGGUGGGGUGUUCCAGCCCAACUAAGUCUGGAGCAAAGGAACCACCUCUGUUUACCUAAGGAGGAAGAGACUCAAGGAGUUGGGUGCCCAGAAAAAGCCGCAGGAUAACCACACGUCCCUGAUGUGAUCUAACUGUGCCCAGCCUGGGCACACCCCCGUAGAAGCCAGGAGAUCACUGAGCAUUCAGGAGGAUGCCAUCCAUCCACCCACCUGCUGCCAACUCAGGUUCAGGGGCCAGCUUCCCAAAGUCCAAGCAGGUAAAGCUCUCUCAGGAAAGGCUGAUGGCUUCAGGCCAGCGUUUGUAUUUCAUUAUGACAUUUAUUGAGGCUACUUUAUUGGCCUGUUUAGUCCAUGCGUCAUCCUGACUUGUAGUUUAGAGAGGAUAGUAAUACAACCAAGGCUGUCCAUUGCACAAUGCUCCUUCUGACUUGAGAGAUGUCCACAGGGAAGGCAUCUGCAUUUGAGCUCCAGAAAAUUCUGACAAUAGGUGCUCUGCAUGAUUGGAAGUAGGCCAAGCAAGGCAGAAGACAUAUUGAGCCCACUGAAUCCUCUUGAGUUAAGGAUUCAGAAAGAAAACUGAACUCAGUGACAUUUUACAUACACAUGCGUUUAUAUUUAUUCUUCUAUCUGCAUAUUAUAUAUGAUUUGUAUUUUGAAAAUUAUGUCUAUGUAAGCAAAAUAAAAAUAUAUUUUCAAUACAAAAAAGAAUCAAUGAGACAUGUUCCACAAAGAAAACAGCAAGGAUGCAGAAUCUGCAAUGAUUGUAGCACAGAUUUUCUUUCUAAAAAGAGAAAAAAUGCUUGCCCAAAGCUGGAUCACAUCAUAGUUUCGGGAAUUUCUAACAAAAAUUCCCUGUGAGAAGUAACUUGAUGUAAUCUGGAUGAUGGUAAGUUUUGGCUCAGCUAUGUGUGGGAUGUACAUUUCACUUUCCUUCUCAUGUUCUACUUUGCUAUGGAUGCCAUUUAUUUCUGAAAUCCUAGGCCUAAUCUCACUUUCCCACCCAUUUUAUAGAUGUGAAAAUUGAGCCCAGAGAAAGUGGAACCACCAUAAACAUCUGGGAGGUAGGGCAUGCAUGUAGCAUCUGAUUCAUAUGCUGCCAGAGGCUCUUAAAGCGCCACUUCUCAUUGUCUGCUGUGUGUCAUCAAUUUAGAUGGUUUUAUCACAAUUAAAGGAAGCCUCUCCAAAUGGUUAUUUGGGCCCCUCCCCCCCAACCAGCACUGUGGUAGGAGUGGUAGGAGCUGCUAUGCCUUUAGUGUCAGACCAGACACCUACACGCAUCACUGUCGCAUUCCGUGGGUCCAGCCGUGUUCAAAGGCCAGCCUAGGCUCAAAUGGGAGGGAAGGAAUCAAUGGAAGCCCGAUUUGGUGAGUGCCUCCCACAGUUUCCAGAGCUGCUGCAGAGCUGUGAUUUGCCUUUCAAUCCUUGGCACUCAGUAAAUAUCAAUAAAUAUUGGAUGAAGGAACAGAAUGAUCUGUGGGAACCACUACCUGCCAAGUGCUAAGAAUCCAUCUUAAAAUUUUUAUAAUGAAAUGGAAAAAGUUCACAGAACUCCAAAAGAUUUCAAAGUUCUACAGCUGUUAUGCCUUUAGCCCAGAUGUCUUUAACUGGCUACACACCUAAAAAACUCACAUUUCCCCCUUUUCCCUUGUUUCCUGCACUCUGAAAUUUGCCAUGAAAAAAACACAUUACUUCUCAUAUUUUUUAUUUUGCUUCAUUUUCCUUGAUCAAGAAUAACUUUUACCCCUCCCCCCCUUUUUUAAAGAUUUUAUUUAAUUAUUUGAGAGGCAGAGUUAUAGUGAGAGGGAGAAGACAGUGAGAAAGGUCUUCCUUCUGUUGGUUCACUCCCCAAAUGGCUGCAGUGGCCAGAGCUGCCCCCGUCUGAAGCCAGGAGCCAGGUGCUUCCUCCCGGUCUCCCAUGUGGGUGCAGGGCCCAAGCACCUGGGCCAUCCUCCACUGCUUUCCCAGGAUGCAGUGAGAGCUGGAUUGGAAGAGGAGCAGCUGGGACUAGAACCGGCACCCAUAUGGGAUGCCAGCGCCACAGGAGGAAGAGUAACCCACUGUGCUAUGGUGCCGGCCCCCAUUUUCUUCCUUUUAAACUCUCUUCUAGACAUUAGGAAGUAAAAGAACAGGGAUCAAAACCCACAUUUAAGAAUCUUCCAUGUUUCUAAGUGCCUGUUCUACUUGUUCAUCAAAGACCUUUCACUAUUAGUUGAGGCUGCCCAUUUCUGGCCUCAAAAUUUCAAAAAAAAAAAAAAAUGCAGUUUAAGUAUCUUGAAUCUCCUUGCCUAUUUCCCAACAAGUCUGUGCUGCUUGGAGUAGAACCAGCCCAAUUCAAAUCAUAGCCUCCCCAACACCUAGCACAAAUCAGGGCUGAAUGUGUGAAUAUCAUUCCAGAAUGCAUAUAAACAAGGAGCUCUAAUAAUGAGGAAAUUCACUUUACCCUUCUCUCCCUCAAGUGCCUGUCAAUAAUAUUGUCUACACAUGCUGCUUUUGUUGGGUUAGUCUUAGCUAUCCAGGACAUAGCACUUCUUUGUCUACAUUUAUGGGUGUCCUCCAUUGUGUCGGGGUGCCUUGUUGUUCAAUACAGGGUAGGGGCAGACAUCCCCUUCCCAUAUGCUCUCAUUUAACCUGGCUGGGCCCAUCAGACCUUUUCACCUGGGACUCAGAAACUGUUGACUAUGGGAGGAAUGAAUGAAGCACAAUGAACUUGCAGAGCGGUGUCCUGUAAUGGCCUUAGCUGUCACACUAUUUCUUUCUCCAGACUGCUCUGGUUCAGAUCCAUUUUCCAAACCUAAUCCUCCAGCUUUCUUUGAUUCUAUGAGCUCCUGAUAUUCUUCUAGUGCAUGUCUCCAUCUUCCUCUUAAUGGAUUCUGUUUUCAUUACUUAUUGAUGAAAAGUGCCAAACCAAUAUGGGAGCAAUUGGUCAUCUGCCUUAGGAAGGGAAGAGAAGAGUAAAAAUUCUGAUAGUCUGAGCUAGGAAUUGGGCAGCUCACAGAAAACAGUGAAUUAGUUCACCAAAAGUUUCCAGGGAUGCCAUGUUCCAUAAAGGCCUGGUUCUGAGAAGGCAUGAGAAAUCCAAGGUCACAGAUGGUAGCUAUUUUUAAUGGCACUGAAAAACUUAGAAUAACAAGUUCAAACCCUUCAAGUUCCAAUUCCAGCCACAGCUGGAAACCUAGAGACUUCCUGUGAUUGUGCUGAAUUUCAUCCCUUAGAGAUACAAGACCAAGAUAGCCAAAAACCCAACCUUAAGAGUCCAGGUAGCUGAGUUGUUGAAUACUGCUGUUUCCCAGCUGAAAGGUAGGGCAUUGCUGAGCACAUGGCCUCAGUAUGGGAAUGAAAAUGUAACAGGGAAAUGUGGAGGACUCAAGUGUGUCCCAAGCAUGCUCUCCUCUUUCUUCUGUUGUUCUCAGAAACAGCUUUUGGCUUAUUUCGUCUGAUAACAUUUCUUUCUUGGUUGAGGGGUCCUCUUACAAGAGGAAGCUUGCUCUCCUGUGAUUUUCCCCUGUGUCCAGCUCCUAGUUUCCUGAAUGGGAACCACAGCUCCCCAAAGGCUGUCUAGAACCUGGAUCCACAGACCUCCACCUCAUUUCCCAUUGGUUCCCAGUCUCACUGCCUCCUCACAGGCCAGGCCCAUUGCUAAGCUCAACCCAUCUGUGGUUCCUUCAACAUCCUCUAUAUCCAACCUGUCUUUUGAGAGCCAGCUCAAUUUAUAUUUUGUCCACAGAGCCUUCAUAAACUAUUCAAAUGUAUAAAGUCAUCUGAUUCUGAACUCAUAACAUUUAUUAUCCGUUCUAUUUGUGUAGCAUAUACUAAAUGCUGCUUUAUUAUACAGUGGGUAGAACAUGACUUAGAACAUGUUAAAACACACCAAUUUCAACAUUUGCUGGCUCUGUCCCUUGGAGGAGUCUGUUGGCUAAGUAGAUUGACAUUGCCUUGUCUUUAGAGUGGAGGUAACAGCACAUGUGUCACCUUUCUCACAAAGGCAUGAGGUGAAAUGGAGCACUUAUAUAUGAUUUACUGGGGGCAGGCACUAUGGCCUCCCAUGUGUGUGGCAGGGACCCAAGCACUUGAGCCAUCCACAAAGAAGACUCAGACUGAAGUUCAGCUUAGCUUUGGCGUGGCCCUGUCCCAGCUGUUGCAGGCAUUUGGGGCGUGACCCAGUUGGUGGGAGAUCUCACUCUGUCCAUCUGUCUCUCUCUGCCUUCCAAAUAAAACAAACAAAUGGGCAGGAGGCAUGCAGAGAGGAAAGAAAGCAAUGAGUUCAAGAAAAGAGCAGCACCAAGCAGCUGGGCAGAUACGCAGAGGAAGGGCAACGCAGGUGUCAGUGGGAAACACAUUUUUCUUAUAGGCCCCAUUAUCAGCAGGGUUCUGGGAGGAUUGCUCAGUAACUUCAUGUUAAACAAAUCUGAAACAAGAGCAGCCUUAAAGAACGAAGGUCUCACAAGGACUGAACAACUGAACGUAGCCAACAGAACCUCGGGAGCUCAACCCCAAGCCCUCCCUACUGCUCCCUUCUGGUGGAUAGAUACCUUUGCUGUGAAAGCAGGUGGUCCUGUUUUUAGGAAUGCUGCUUCACUUCUCUAGGCAGAGUGCCAGAAGCACUGGUUAUAAGACAGUGUGGAAUCUUCAAAAGCCCCUUGGAAGCAAAUGCUGCUAGAUUGCUCAGGGCCAGCUGGGCUGCACCUGGCUGCUUGUUUUCUCUAAGUGUCCCCAGAAGCCUUCAAAGGCUCAAGGCACUGCAGAGGUUGCAGAGAGAGGAAGUUCCGAGUGCCACCCCAGGUCCUGUAUACACACAGCAGCUAGACUUUUAAAUUGGAAUGGGGCCAGAGUUGUGGUGCAGCAUUAAGCCACUGCUCACAACGCAUCCCAUAUGAGUGCCACUUGCAGCCCCAGCUGCUCCAUUUCUCAUCCAGCUCCCUAAUGCACCUGCAAAAGCAGCAGAUGAUGGCCCAAAUGGACCCCUGUGAUGCACUUGGGAGACCUGGAGGGAAUGCUAGGCUUCUGACUUCAGCCUGGCCCUAGCCCUGUCUGUUGCCAUUUAGGGAGUAAACCAUCAGAUGGGAGAUCUCUGUCUCUCCUUCUUUCUGUAACGUUGCCUUUCAAAUAAAUAAAUCUUUAAAAAAAUUGGAAGUAAAAUUGAAAAAAUUCCAUGUUUAAAAAAAAUCCCAACAUCUUUGAUUUUGUCUUAAAUUUUUUUUUUAAAGUUUCAAUGCCAACUCUCUUCUCAUGAAGGUAGUGGCAACAUCAUAGGUUCAGGGAUUGAAUUUGAGUUUUUCUUCCUUUUUUAAGAUUUAUUUAUUUAUUGGAGAGACAGACAGAUCUUCUAUCCACUGGUUCAUCCUCAGAUGGCUGCAAUGGCCAGAGCUGGGCCAAUCCAAAGACAGAAGCUUUCUCUGGGUCUCCCACAUGGGUGCAGGGGCCCAAACAAAUGGGUCAUCUUCUAGUGCUUUCUGAGGCCAUUAGCAGGGAGCUGGAUCAGAAGCAGAGUAGCCAGUGCCGUGGUUCACUUGGCUAAUCCUCCGCCUGCAGCACUGGCAUCCCGGGUUCUAGUCCCGGUUGGGGCACCAGUCCUGUCCCAGUUGCUCCUCUUCCAGGCCAGCUCUCUGCUGUGGCCCGGGAAGGCAGUGGAGGAUGGCCCAAGUGUUUGGGCCCCUGCACCUGCAUGGGAGAGCAGGAGGGGGCACCUGGCUCUUGGCUUUGGAUCAGCGUGGUGUGCCGGCCGCAGCACACCAGCCAUAGCGGACAUUUGGGUGAACCAACAGAAGGAAGACCUUUCUCUCUCUCUCUCUCUCUCUCUCUCUCUCUCUCACUGUCUAACUCUGCCUGUCCAAAAAAAAGGCAAAGUAGCCAUAUGGGAUGCUGGCACUGCUUAAUCUACUGUGCCACAGCGCUGGCCCCUGAAUUUGAGUUUUCCUAAGCUCUAUAGUGUGAUACUGAGCACAGUGGUUCUGGCCCAAUUACUCUUUUAAAUCCAUACACAGUGUUCUCAUGAUAGUCAUUAUUCAUUCAUUCAUUUAUUUAUUUAACUUGAAAGGCAGAAUUAAGAAGCAGAGAAACUGAGAGAUCUUCCUUCUGCUGGUUCAGUCCACAAAUGGCUGCAACAGCUGAAGUCGGGAGCCUGAAACUCCAUCCUGGUCUCCCAUGUGGGUGGCAGGGCCCCAAGUACUUGGGCCAUCUUCUUCCCAGGCAAUUUAAAAGGAAGCCAGAUUGGAAGUGGUGCUACUAGGAUUUGAACUGGCACCCACAUAGGGGGUUGUGGGUAGACAAGUGCAGACCCCAGAAAUUCUGUAUACAUUUUAGCCUACCACAGGCUAGCCUGAGCUAGUCUAACUUCUAGCUCACUGAAAUUCAUCAGUUAGGGGCCAGCAUGGUGAUGCAGCAGGUUAGGCCCAACACCUGCAGUGAGCUCCAGUUCAAGUCUUGGCUGCUCCGCUUUCCAGUCCAGCUCCUAGUUUUGGCCUGGCCCCGCCCCAGCCCCAGCUGCUGCAGCCAUUUGGGGAUGAACCAGCAAAUGAAAGAUUUCCUCUGUCACUCUGCGUAUCAAAUAAAUAAAAUAAAUCCUUAAAAAUGGAUCAGUUAUCACCACCACUGACUUCCUGUGCCAGUUAAAAGAAUACCUUUCUACCCUUAUUUACUGCUUUACUACACUGGAAGCUGAGCACUGCUUUAACUCUUUCCUCUCUUGAGUUUACUAACACCAUCAUGAUGGCCAUUCUUCCAGAAUCAGCUGUCGCGCUUCUUUACAAAACCCUCUUUUCUUUAUCCCAACCUCAGGUAGGCUUCUUGGCAUCUGUUCCUCUCAUUUAAAAGAAGUUUGCUUAUUUUCAUUUACUUGAAAGGCAGAGAUGGAGAUAUUUUAUUCAUUGGUUCACUCCUCAAAUGCCCGUAACAGCUAGGAAUGGGCAAGGGCAGUACCAGGAGCCGGGGACUCAUCUGGGUCCCCCAUGUCAGUGGCAGGGGCCCAAGCAAUUGAGGCAUCAUCCGCUGCUUCCCAGAAUGCAUUAGCAGGAAGCAUGAUUAGAAGCAGAGUAACCAGGACUGGAACUGGCAUUCUGAUACGGGAUGGGGGCAUGCCAAGUGGUAGCUUAACCUGCUGCACCACAAUACCUGCUGCUCUUUUUUAUACUGUCCCGGAAUGAAUUCAUCAAAAUCCUUAAACUACCACUUACCUCUUGAUAAUUUUAAAAUUACUUCCACCCACGGCUCUUUGUUGAGUAUAGAUGUUUACCCAAUAGCUCCCUGGACAAUUCUACUUUAAUUUCUCUUAAGCACCCUAAAAUCAUUACAUCAAAAAAACAAAUCCAGGGGCCGGCAUUGUGGCAUAACGGGUAAAGCUGCCACCUGUGACACCGGUAUCCCAUAUGGGUGCCAGUUCGAGUCCUGGCUGCUCCACUUCUGAACCAGCGACCUGCUAAUGUACCCGGAAAGCAGAGGAGGAUGGCCCAAGUACUUGGGCACCUGUGCCUACAUGAGAAACCAGGAAGAAGCUCCUGGCUCCUGCCUUUGGAUCAGCCCACCAAUAGCUGUGCAGUCAUUUGGGGAGUGAACUAGUGGAUGGAAGCUCUCUCUAUCUCUCCCUAACUCUGCCUUUCAGAUAAAUCAAGCUUUAAAAAAAAAAAAAAAAUCUGUAAUUUUUGCACAAACCUACUACUUCUCCUGGUUUCCCUGUCUCAAUGAAGGGUAUUUAUUUACCUGGAGAAUCAGCCAGAAAAUGGGGAAUCACAUUAAGAUUCUAUCUAUCCCCUUCUAAGCACUGCUAAUUCUUAUUGAUUCUACCUUCCUAAUAUUGAGAGCACAAGUUCUCAAAAUUCAGCGUGUACCAGAACCACUUGUGGGGCUUGUUAAAUACCAACUGCUGAGCCCCAGCCCCAGAGUAUCUGACCCUGAAGGUCUGUGGUACACUGGGAAUUGUAUUUCUAACUCUUCCCAGCUGAUACUGAUGCCACUCAUCUGGGGACCAUACUUCCAAGACCACUAAUCUGUCUACCCAAUCACCAGUUCACCCUACCAGUCACAGUGCAACUGCCCAUCACUUGUCAUUUUCUUGCUGAGAUGAUAAUCAUUAGCCUUUUAAUUUAUCUGACCUUAUAUAUUUUUAAAUAUUUACUUAUUUGAAAAUCAGAGAGAGAGAGAGAAAGUCUUCCAUCUGCGGGUUCACUCCCCCAGAUGGCUGUAACAAUCAGGCUGAAGCCAGGAGUCAAAAGCUUCUUCCAGGUCUCCCAGGUGGGUGGCAGGGACCCAGACACUUGGGCCAUCUUCCUCUGCUUUUCCUAGGCCAUUAGCAGGAAGCUGGAUCAGAAAUGGAGCAGCUGGGAUGCAAAUCGGCACCCAUAUGGGAUGCCAGUGUUGCAGGCAGUAGCUUUACCUGCUACGCCACAACAUUGGUCCCCCUUCCUUGAUCUUGAAACAUUCUCCAAACUGCAACUGGAAGGAUCUUCCUAUAAAUAAGGUGUCAGCAAACUGUUAAAAUCUUUGCUUAGUAUAGAGUUGAUCUCCUGUAUAUAAAGAUAAUUAACAAUGAAUCUUAAUGAAGAAUGGGGUGGGAGAGGGAGUAGGAGGUGGGAUGGUUUGGGGGUGGGAGGGCAGGUAUCGGGGGGAAGAACAGCUAUAAUCCAAAAGUUGUACUUACGAAAUUUAUAUUUAUUAAAUAAAAGCUUUCUAUUAAAAAAAAAAAACACCAUGGAAUCUGCUUGGCUCAGCUCUGAGACCAAUGUGGUAGUUCUUUGGGUGAUGCUGUGCUCACCCCGCCACUUGCCAUCAACAUCCUGAAACUGCUGUAUGCCAAAGACGUCAAAUACCUUUCAAUGUACAUCCACACGUACUGGUCAUUUCUGUAAGAAUUUAUACUUUAUCACAACAUCCCACUAUCCCAAAACACAGUGAACCAGGUACCAACUUCCCAUCUCUCUUCUACGAAUUCCCCACCCACCUCCACUUUACCUUUCAAGUGUUUCAGUUGUAUUGUAGGAAACACUACAUCUAACUAGUCUAACUAUUUCAUUGUACUUGCCUUUUUAUGUAUUAGGUGCCUUCAUUAUUUAAACUGCAUACUUCAUCAUGACAAAGGUACCCAUCAGGUCUUACAAAUAUGUCAUUCCUCAUGGUACAAAAGUCACAUUUUGGACAUGCCAAUUAUAACCCUACACAUUAAGUCUCAUGAUCUGCUUGGUGUAUCAUAUGAACAGAGACAGCUGUUGAAAAGAGAAAAGAAGAGGAAAAAAAAAGAGGAAACCAGGUGUCACAGUGGCAUGCCAGUGCUGCAAUGCCGUUUAAUUGAAAUCCUGUAAUAAAAGUUUAAAUACAUAAAAGGUUUUUGUUUUUGUUUUUGUUUUUGUUUUUUAUCAAAAGAUCCUCCUCCUCUUCCCUGACCUGAUACAGACUGAGGGUAGGCAAAUGGAAACUGGCUAGCUGUAGGGAAUGGAGAAAUGGCAGGUCCAAGUCUGGUUGGUUUCUUCUUCCGCAGAAAAUGCUCUGUGAUUGCAUUCAGAGUCUCAGGAGAGUGAGAGCCCACCCCACAGACUUCUGUCAGCAGGUGGAGUCCACAUGUGGCAAGCUACCCCGCACCACGGAGAAUGCUUGUCCCAGCCUUAGAAGACAAGGAAGAGCAGGGCUUCGUGUCUGGGCAGCACUAUGUUUUCUACGGUGCGUUCCAUGGAGCGCACCUGCUCCGGAGAGGCAGUCAAGAAUGCCAAAGGCCCAAUACGCUGCUCUACACAGGAGUGGCAGAGGUAGCCACCAUUGUUUUCCUUUCUGUUGCUCUGCAGGAUGGGUAAGAAAAAAGAGGUAAGGAAACAAUCAAAAACAAAGACUUUCCACCAAAAAGUGCUGAAUUAUUGUCACAGCUGCCAAGGGACAGUGUCUUAUGAGCUGAUGUUUUCAGACCAGUGCAAACCCUCUGGAGUAAUGCUUCCCACAACACUACUGCCAGGGUAGACUCAACUCCUCCAAAUUCCCUGAAAAUAGAAACCACAGUUUAUCUCAUCAGACACAAAGAAUCAGAAAAACUGAACCAGGCUCUCCAGGUAAAUGGUUGUCUUCUGAUGCAUCUUGUCACAACCCAGUCUCCCAGGUAAUAAGACUUUACACAACCAGACAGGAUCACACAUCCUGACUCUUGACUAAUACUUUCUCUGACAUAUAGGGAGACCAUAUCUCUUGUGCCUUAUGUAUAAAAAGUACCUAAAGGGGUCAGUGCUGUGGUAUAGUGGGUAAGGCUGCCGCCUGCAGUACCAGCAUCCCAUAUGGGCUGGUUUGAGUCCUGGCUGCUCCACUUCCAAUCCAGCUCCCUGCUAUGGCCUGGGAAAGCAGUAGAAGGUGGCCCAAGUCCUAGGGCCCUGCACCCACAUGGAGACCUGGAGGAAGCUCCUGGCUCUUGGCUUCAGAUUAGGGUAGUCCUGGCCGUUGCGGCCAUUUUGAGGAGUGAACCAGCAGAUGGAAGACUUCUCUCUCUGCCUCUGCCUUUCAAAUAAAUUAAAAACAAACAAAAAAA